UUUGAGACUCCCAUAACAUCCUCCAGUUUUUUCAUACCACUCCCUCAUUUGUCGUCUUCAAUGGCUCACAAUCUCGGUCCAUUCUCUUGGCUUGUCAUCCUCCACUAGUGCCAGUACCAGUAAUGGCUGAAGGGUCAAUUAAUACACAUUGCAGUAAAUGCCUCCUCAGUGUCCCUAGUACAGCCUUUUAAUCUCAACUACCUUCCUUCCCGUCGAGUACAUCUCUUCAUAUAGCGCAUUCAUUAUCAUCCCGAAAUUAAACUGCAUUUCUUUCUUGUUGACUCUUACGUGACCGUUUUGGUGGGUCGUUGUUUCUUGUUGUCUGAUUAACAUUCAAGUUCUUUAAUUUGCGUCGUGGACUUCACGGAAUUCUUCACAUUCCCUUUUCUUCCUCAUGGUUUGGAUUAGCUUGUUGGAGCAUGCAUAAAAAUUCAGCAGCUUAGAGGAAUCUCCGUUGCCUUCUCCAAUAAGUGGGUGCGGAGCAGGCGAUGAAUUGCUGAAGUUGCUGCUCAUGAAUCUUCUUCCUGAGUAGGAUUUUUUCAGAGUAAUUUACUUUUGCAAUGGGAAUAUUUCAAGCGUAGUUUCUUUUAAUCAUUUUCUAUCAGGCUUCUUUUGUUUCUUUGACCAUUAAUAGCCCAAAACUUCUGUUAAUAUCGAUGUUCGCCUUCAAAAAACAGUGUGCCUAAUGCUCCAAACUGGUUCAAUGAGACAUUUUCACCUUCUUCUAGUUCUUUCCUGGUUUUUGUCUAUCGAAAGUAGCUAUGAACUUCAGGCUGCUCAAACUCAAGUCCUGUUACAGUUAAGGAAGUAUCUGGAGAACCCUAAGGCGUUGGAAGUUUGGGAAAAUUAUUAUGGAGACUUCUGUAACAUAUCUCCAUCUGCACGUAUGAGCAUUAAAUGUGAGGACAAUUCUGUGAGAGAGCUUAAAAUCAUGGGAGACAAACCUGUGAAGGUCAAAGAGUUCAAUGGGUUCGCAAUUCCUAAUCACACAUUGUCUGAGAGCUUCUCCAUUGAUUCUUUUGUCACCACAUUGGCCAGGUUAACCAGCUUGAGGCUUCUUAGCUUGGUGUCACUGGGGCUUUGGGGGCCGCUCCCUGAUAAGAUUCAUCGAUUAUCUUCACUUGAAGUUCUGGACUUGAGCUCAAAUUUCUUAUACGGUACAAUUCCACCAAAAAUAUCUACAAUGGUAAAGCUUCAUACACUAACCAUUAAUGCCAAUUAUUUCAAUAGCACUAUGCCGAAUUGGUUUGAUUCAUUAUCUAAUCUACAAGCUCUGAGUUUGAAUAGCAACCGCUUGAAGGGUUCAUUCCCCACUUCACUAUGCAAAAUUAAAAUGCUUACUGACAUUUCCCUGUCUCACAAUGACUUGUCUGGUAAAUUGCCUGAUCUGAGUACUCUCACUGGCUUACAUGUGCUGAAUUUAGGAGAUAAUCAUUUAGACUCUGAACUACCAUUGAUGCCCAAAUCAGUAGUCACGGUUCUCCUAGGUAAAAAUUCAUUUUCUGGCAAGAUCCCCGAGCAGUUCGGUGAGCUGGUUCAGCUUCAACAUCUAGACCUUUCAUCAAAUCAUCUCAGUGGGAUUCCCCCAUCCCCAUUGUUCUCUUUGCCUAACAUCAGAUUCAUGAAUUUGGCAAGCAACACGUUGGGCGGGUCCCUUCCAAACAAACUAACUUGUGGAAGCACGCUUGGGUAUGUGGAUAUUUCUGGUAACAAGCUAAUUGGGGGACUUCCUUCUUGUUUGGCAAGCACAUCAGAUAGAAGAGUCGUGAAAUAUGGUGGGAACUGCUUAGCUGUUGAUUCUCAAGAAUCUCAACACCAGACGCGAGGGUCUUACUGUAAACAGCCCAGCGUGAAGAAGUUCCAGGCACUGAAAAUAGUUGUAGCUGUGGCCAUUGUUACUGGACUAGUGCUCAUUCUUGUACUUUUUGUGUUUGGUGUUCUCUUUUGCCGCAAGAGAUGCCAUUUGAGAAAAACAUCUGGGCAGCAUGCUUUGCCAAAAAGAGUAAGAGAUAAUUCUGCCGCAGGGGUUUCCUCUGAACUCCUUGCAAGUGCCAGAUUCAUUUCUCAGGCAGUGAAGCUUGGGGCCCAGGCUAAUCCAGUCUGUCGAGUGUUUUCGAUUGAAGAGCUGAAGGAAGCCACGAAAGAUUUUCACGUGUCAACUUAUAUGGGUGAAGGCUCGAUAGGGAAGUUGUACAAAGGUAAACUGGAGAAUGGACCCUAUGUAGCAAUACGAUCUUUGGCUAUCUCAAAGAAAUGCUCAACUCAAAAUCUUAAAGGUCGGCUGGAUUUACUCUCAAAGCUUCACCAUCCUAAUUUGGUUAGCCUCUUGGGUCAUUGUAUAGAUGGUGGUGGACAAGAUCAUUCCAGUACCGUCAAACUUUAUCUUGUAUACGAGUAUAUACCAAAUGGCAAUUAUCGUGCCCAUCUGUCAGAAUUUUCUCCAGAGAAGGCACUCAAGUGGUCUGAUAGAUUGGCAAUUUUAACUGGGGUUGCCAAGGCAGUGCAUUUCUUACACACUGGAGUUAUACCUGGCUGUUUUAGAAACCAAUUAAAGACAAACAAUAUCUUGCUCGAUGAACAUCACAUUCCCAAACUAAGUGAUUAUGGAAUGUCUCUCAUCAGAGAAGAGAUUGAAAAACUCGAGGCCAACGGAGAGAGCCCAAUAUCGUGCCAAAAGACAUCGAUGGAGGAUGAUGUAUAUAAUUUUGGAUUCAUAUUGUUUGAAUCGCUUGUUGGAACCAUAGCAAGUGAAAAAGGAGAAGAAUAUUUCCUGACUGAAAAGGCAUCCUUUGGGAGUCAAGAUGGUCGAAGAAAGAUAGUGGAUCCGAUAGUGUUGACCACCUGCUCUCAAGAAUCAUUAUCAAUUGCAGUAUCUAUAACAACCAAAUGCAUAUCCCCAGAACCAUCAUGUCGUCCCUCCUUUGAAGAUGUCCUUUGGAACUUACAAUACGCGGCUCAAGUCCAGGCCACCGCAGAUGCAGAUCAGAAAUCAGAUUCUACCUGAUAUAGCAUUCACGUUGACGAUAUCUUCUUCCAUAUAAGGAAAAUGUCAGAUCUUAAUCUUCAAUCUUUCAUGCAACCAUUAAUGUAAAGUUGAUAUUACGUUUCAUUUGUUGGAGUGUCCCUGACAUGAUGAAAGAGCUAGUUAGAACUCAUAUCCCUUCUAGAUACAGCAAAAAUUUAGGCUAAUGAUGAAGCAAAUCUUGAACUUGACUAAUAACUGCUAGAGUCAAGUCUGCUAUAAAUGAAAUUGGAUGGAAACUGGAAACUGGACACUGCGGAGGUUGAAUUAGAAGGAGUUUUAGAGAC